AUGCGCCGAAACCCAGUAUGGGUGGUGACUUUCGAGGGCAAUGGAUGGUCCUCCUGGGGCUGGUGGGAGGCUCAUCAGAAGGACCAGAAGUCGCACGAGUCUGCAUUAAUGGUAUGGUCUUCUCACCCGAAGUCUCUUCCUCCUCCUGUAGAAUCAGCCUUCGUCGUCGAGACUGCUCUAGAGCCAUCUCUACCUGGUCCUCUACCUUCUGGGGAUGGGGUGCCUUCCUGGCGCGUUUUUCUGCCGGCUGGCGACCCUUUGUCCCUUGUUGAGGAAGAAAGGCAGUAUUUUUGGGUGAUAUUUUUUUCUGGUACGGCCGAUAACCACCACCAAUCUUCACUCGAGGGGUUGAUAACUCUCUCGAAGGAAAGCAAGAAGGAGAGGGUUGAGGGAAGAGCUCAGUACCUCGCUGAUGACUCGGAUCGCACCGCAGCUGCUGGGGGGGAGUUCCUCUCCUUGCUUCUCCAGAAAAUCCAAGGCACUGAGAGUUACACUAAAGAAUCGGAUCCGACGCUCGCUAAUCGUGCCCAACAGAACCGAAAAAUCUCCCGAAAAUCCCUCCUUGCCCACCCUACGCAACUACUUCCCCAACCACCAACGCUGAACGUCGAUGCCGCCACUCCGGCCGAUCAACUCCGCACCGGUGACAUUGGGGAUGGGAUUUGUAAAAAAUUCCGCCGCUUUAGCACUGCUUUGCAGUACGCCGCAGUAUUCCUCCCCGAGGGGAUCAUCUUGACCAUCAAAUUCACAACGAGUUUCGUGUUUGCUAAGACAUUUAGAUUCAACAAAUGA